AACUUAUAAAUUGCGAAACAUAAAGAAAAUUACCAAUCAGUUAAUGACUCUUGCUAAACUCAUUGCUCGCAUCGAUGCCAACAAGAGGUUUGGUAAUAGGAUAAUCCACCGCCAGUUUCGAAUCGACCUAUAGUUUAUAAAUUCGUCAAAAAAAUCAUGUUUCCAAAUUACUGCUUUACAAAAUCGGCCAGACAGUCGGACUACGAUGUUAUAAGGAAAGGCUAUAUCGCCAGGGAGAGUUGCCAGCACACCUGCAAUCACAAUCGGUCAGAAUCCGUAAGAAGGAGCAAAAAAAAGAGGAGUCUUUCCAAAUCGAGUUCAUCGCGGGUAAAGGACUCCUCCUCGAAGAGUGUGGGAUUUCGGUUGACACCAGUUGUUUGUUCGAGCCAAAAGGAUACCCGCGAAACUGCCGGCGAAAAUUGUCAGAAGGAUAAAAAGUGCUUCAAUCUCAAAAUGGACUCCAAUCGCGAUCUGCAGGAUACAUUCGCCGACUUCUUUAGCAUCAUUCACGAUAAUGUUUUGGAAUCGGUGCAGGAAGUUGUGAAGCGAAUGGUGACCAAGUGCUUUGAUGAAUCCUUGGCCAAGAUGGAGAGACUAUCCAAGAAUCUGGAGCAUCAAGAGGCGUUGCUCAACAAAAUCCAUCGAGAUAUAACCAGCAAAAUGGCCGACCAGAGUGAAACGAGCUUGAACCAAUUCAAGUUCGUUACACAAAUGCUCAUUGACAACCAAACGGUGCACUACAGAGCGCUCAAUCAGGCGAAGUUGAACAAGGAGCGGCGAAAGGAGGAACGGGAGCUAGAAAAGGAGCGGAAGUUGGAGCGAGAACGGAAGCGGAAGUGCGCCUGCAAGGAGGUGGAGAACGAGCGGAGUCGGUGGUGCAGGAGCUCCAGUGCAGAUCUCUCGAAAAGAAGCACAGGUGGCGAUGGAAAGGAACUUACGCCGAGAUGCCAACAGCAUCUGUUGUGUCAACAGCAGGAGCCUCUGGUCUAUCAGAUGUGCAAGUCCUGCUCAAAUAAGGAAGCCAUUUCCAAGGGAAAGAGAAUGUCCCGGUCACCAUCAAGGCAUACAAACACUCCGGUUUUGCAGAAGCGAUCCACUUCUUACAGCAUGCCAGAUCUCUCCGCUCGCACUUCGUCCACUUCCCGUCGGUUCAAUCAACCCCAACCUUCUAAUAGAACCUCCAGGACCUCCUUAUCCCGAUCCUGUGAUAGGAGACCAAAGCAGAUAGUCUGUCUUCCGGCCAUGACAUAUCCACCAUACGUUCGAAAUUGUCCUGUGCCCCGCCGAAGGAUAGGAAAUCACAUAAAAUAUGGAAUUGGUUCGGUGGCUGCCAAACAGAGAUAGUAUUUUAUUUAGCCCUUAGAACAUAAAUCUGAUAUGACAGCCAGUUGCAAUACAAGCAAAGAAUCCUUAAGUAUUGGAAUCCUUUUCAUGUUUCGCAACUGGCUGUCGUAGCUGACAAUCGAAAUUAAAAAUAAAUAUUUUAAGAACCUUUUAAA